AGAGAAGUAAGUUCAACCAUACCGUCACAAGGUAUAUACAUUGCAGCACUAAAAUGACAGACAAUGCAAACACGGUGCUGUAUAUGAUCAGAGCUGCCAACAGAGGAAAUAGUUUCAGAGGAAAUUACCGAGGUCGUAGUUGCUAACAAAUAAUAAUUAUAAUUUAAAUAAUCAUGGUAAUAAUUACAACCGCAAUAACAAUUAACACCGAAACCGAUGAAGUUUCCAAAACUCCAGGAGAGGUCGAGGAAACUACCAAGGAAAUUUUUACGGACAACAUUUUAACAGAGGCGAAACAAAUAACAACAAUAAUAUUAGAUUAGCCCAGAAUAAUUCGGAAAACGGCCAACAACCCUUAGAUGCAGACCGUGUCUAGUAAUACCGUGUGAUGGAAUAGACAUGGACUUUAUAAACAAAUUUAAUUGCCAAAUAGAAUGCAAUCCUACAGAAUAUUGACUAACAACCAGGCCAAAUAACCUAAAUUAUUCGAUUCAUGUCCCCAUGACAUUUAAUUCUGGUAAUAACAUAGUAUUACUACCAGCCCGAUGAUCUCAAGUUAUCUGAAAAAUUAACAUAACACCGGUUACAGAUGAAAAUAUAUUGAUAAAAAACCAAGAAAUUCAAGAAGGUAUCUAUGUAGUAAACACUAUCUCAACUGCUCCAAACAUUUUUCUUCAAUUAUUAAAUACCACUUGAAAUGACCAAUUUAAAAUAUGAGCCGCUUUCAAACUAUGAUGUAGUUCAAACGAACAUACCCAUCAGAAAAAAAUAUCAUGUCACCAAAAAAACCUUUCGGGUUCGGAACAAAAGAAGUGGCGAUAAUUUCAGCUGGUGCGGACGGACCGGGGUGGUCGGCUAGCGGCUGUCGCGGCUGUCUCUGCUGUCUCGCCGUUCUCGUCGUCCCAAGUGGUGCGGACCGUGUCGCUGUGUGCCCGUCACUUGGGCUGAGGAUUGUCGUCGUAUGCGGACUCACGACAGCUACCGACUGCGAUCCCCAAGGCAAACGCCUGGUGGAACAACAACACGCCAACCCCACGUCUGCUCCGACUGGUGGCCCCGGUACCACGCCUGCUCGGUUCGCAUGGACACACCUGGCAAUCGCCAGGUUCACGUACGUAGUCUCCGACACAGUCGACCGGGUCUUCACCACAAGUCCUGCCGCCUCUUCGGGUCCAUCUUCAGUUUGGCCCCGCAUGCAGAAUGACACAGGACUAAUCGUGCUUCGUCGUAUUGGACCUCAGCUACCUGUGUCUCCAUUCGGAGACUUUCCAUUUCCCGAACGUCUCGAAGUAGCGAUCUUGUUCCUAGCGGACUUUCACGGCUGUAGGUCCCUUGCUGACUUCGUUUUUCACGUUGUUGACUCGUAUACUCGUUCUCCUUGACUGUUCAGCUUUCAGCGCUUGGCCCGCUUAUAUAGGCCUCCUUUAACGGUUUAUCCCUCUUGUCUUCAGUCUCCGGACCCAAAGGCCGUUUUUACCGUUGUCCCGGUCCAAAGUCCAGCUUGGUCUGGUCCAAAGUUCUGCGGAUACCGUUAUUCUCCUUACCCUGGCACGACGACGCCUACUGUUGUCUUGCCGUCAUGUUCUCUCCUUCAAACCGUCUGUUUUCCAAACUCUCUUUCUACCGGUUCUGUUUCUUCAAACUCUCUUUCUACCGGUUCAGUCUCUCCAAACUCUCUUUCUACCGGUUAUGUAUCUCCAAACUCUCAUUCUACAACUCCAAGGCUUCACACUGCCGUUACUACGCGUUGACUUGUUGCGUAACUGGCUACGGCAGGCCCUCCUCAUGCAAUCUUCAUUUGCAUUUGUGCGGAGUUUUAACUCCUCCCAGAAGUCGACAACAAUUGUUUUAGCGGUGAGUAUCGAAUUCACCACCGGGUGCACACGUCAAAAAAAAUUGUUGGCUAUUCACGACUACAAACGUCGCUCUGAUGAUAUAUGGCUAUGCCUAUAUUAAACAUUAAACAUUUAA